AUGUCUUUCGGGCCGCGGGUCCUUAUGCCGGGCGCAUUUCACUUCGAAACUCUUAACGAUGGUAGCUCCUUAUCUGGUGUUCAUUCGGGAAUGUUUCGACCUUCUAUAUCGCCCUCCUCUUCGAGCUCCCUAUAUCUAGGUAAAUCUACCAACAGCUUACACUCGGAUGCAUCAACAGUAGGCCUUAAUGCGAAGAGGAAACGGAGGGUGGGUCGCGAGUCUAGACUAUUCAAUAGCUGGGGUACAAACAGAGGCGAUGCAGCAUCUAAUACCGAUAAUAAACACCAGGAAGAGGCCGAAGUCAACUGGCUGGUUGCGGGGGAGGGGAGGAAAUAUGUUCUAGACGAUCAAAGCGAGGCUCCGAAUGGAGUAGCUCCUGGGACCUUCAUGAAUGCCAUGGAAGAUAGCGUCUACUCCGACGUCAAUUACAGGCGCGCCUUAGGCCCUAAAUGUGCGCCCGAGAAGAUCGAACGGUCCGAUAUGAAUGCUGCAUCUUCUAUAUUGUCAUCAUCACCCUCUCGAACGCGGCAAACGAACGGAUGGGGUUCUAUUGCUUUGAGUACUAUAGGCGGCGUCGUUGGAAAAGUAUUUCAAUUCUGUAAAACGGGUAUGUUCCGUGGUUUCUAUGCAGGUGGAGGUAGAGGAUACGGAAUAAAGACACCACCUAGACAACCAUCCAGACAAUCAUCAACUACAAACGGUCAGAUUUGGUGUAACGAGCAUGAUAUUCCCACCCUUCCAGAUUUCGGCUCCAGCACAGCACCAAUCGAAAUCCCCCAGUCGCACUAUUUCCCACCUAGUUAUGGGCAAGAAUCACCGGAAUCCUCGCCCUCUCCCGCGGCAAAACGGCGACAGAUCGAUACCGGAGCUCCUGGAGAUGAACUGCGCCGGAAUUGGGUCAUGGUCCGGGAAUCUCCUGAAAAGACGCGACCGCAGAGCAGAGCUUCUCAAGCAUCAACAGUCCGUCCAUCUCAACAGCAAAUAUUCCCGCCCGUUCUUCGUCGACGUAUUAGUCGACCCGUGAGCCGCGUAAAUGCACCUAGCCACACUCGUCGUCAGUCUAAUAGGAUAAGCCAUGUCGGAACUACGCCUGUAUCCAAUAAUGAGCCGGCAAGCUUUGCCUCCCCUCGAGCUCAAUCACCAGCCGUAUCAUUGCAUACUCCUAGUAGAAUCCCCGUCCCAAGUCAACCGCAAUCACCUAGCGUCUUCUCGGCCUCUCGUAUUCCACAACCAGCUUCUCUUAUUCCCAGUCCUAGUAUUCACCCGAGGCGUAGUCACGGGAGAAACCAUAGUACGGCAUCAGCGGCAUCUGGUACGUCCUCUAUCAGGAUAAGAAGAGGUGAAUCGACGCAAGAGCUUAAAGACUACAGCCCUCGACUAGAUGACGAGGCGAAGAACCUGGCUGCUAAGAGACUCCAGGAGGAAAUGGAAACUGACAUGCGCAUGAAUGACUUCAACGCUCGGUUAAGGGAUAUGAUCCGCCAAGGAAAAGAAGCACUCGGGACGAAAGUAGAUGUCGAGAUACAUGACGAUAUGGAGGGCGUGGAUACUUGGGAAGACGCAUAA